AGUUGUACCUGUGCGUCACUCACUGUGCAUUGCAAAUUGAAGUUCUCAGUUGUGUCCCUUAUCCACGUGGAUUGUUACAAAAGUCAAAUCAUGAAGUUAAUAACGAAUGAAAACAAUCCCAAUGCUCUAAAGUUAUUCAUUUGUGGUAAUCUAACUUGCAAGACGAUUGAUUGUGAGAAAGUUGACAGCAAAGGUAUGUGCAACGCUGAACCAUAAUCGUCCAGGUCAUCACCAAUUUCUAAAUACGAAACUCCACCACUCCAGGUAUCCGGCAUUAAUAUUGGAUAAUGGGAAGCAGCUUUUUUCUAGUAAUGCAGCUGCACUUUACCUCUUCCCUUCAUUUCCAACUGACAUAGUAGACCAGUGGCUAGAGUGGGAGGCCUCUCAUUUAGUGCCGUCAGUAUUGAAAUCUCUGAGUAAAGAAGGUUCAACAACAUUGACAAAUAAUAUAAAGAUUUUGGAUACAGUAUUAAGUAAAACGAAGUUUCUCCAUGAGGGCUUUAUCACAGUAGCUGAUAUCACAGUUUGGUCGACUUUGUUUGGGGUCAUCACGGAACCUAAACUGAGAGAAAAAUAUUGCAGCUCAGCAGCAAAUGUAAUUAGGUGGUUUGAAGCAAUCCAUUUACUUCCUGAAGUGCAAGCAGCCAUGAAAUCUUGGAAUGGAAAAUCUGGAGAAGCUGUUCUGACCAGUCUACAAUCUUCCUCCUCUUGUCUAGCUGUGACUGAGGCAUCCUCCACCAGUACUAUCACUGCAAAACUCGCUAAAACCUCCAUCAGUAAUGCUCCAGCCUCGGAGACCACUCCUGUGAAAGACGUUGUAUCUGAAGAUGAAAUCAGUGCCUGUAUCGAAGCUUGGGAGAAGAAAAGCGCAACAAGGCCGAAGCUGAAACCUCAUGUCCAUCCUAUAUUGCCAAAAGAAGGUGAAAACAAUGUGCUAAUCACCUCAGCUUUGCCCUAUGUGAACAAUGUGCCUCAUCUAGGAAACAUAAUCGGUUGUGUUUUAUCAGCUGAUGUUUUUGCAAGGUAUUGUCGGCUGAGGAACAGAAAUACACUGUUUGUGUCUGGAACCGAUGAGUACGGCACAGCAACUGAAACCAAAGCCUUAGAAGAAAAAUUAACUCCUCAACAAAUUUGUGAUAAAUAUUUUGUAAUACAUAAAGAUAUUUAUGAGUGGUUUAAUAUAAAAUUUGAUCAAUUUGGCCGCACUACCACUCAGAAACAAACGGAAAUUGCUCAGUCUAUCUUCAAACUAGUUCACAAUAAUGGAUUCACUUCAACUGCGUCUGUCGAACAGCUGUUAUGUGAAAAAUGUGACAGGUUUUUAGCCGAUCGUUUCGUAGAAGGCACUUGUCCAAAAUGUAAGUACGAAGAUGCUAGAGGUGAUCAGUGUGAUGGCUGUGGUAGUCUAAUCAAUGCCACUGAAUUAAUAAACCCAAGGUGUAAAGUUUGCGGAAAUACUCCUGUCAUCAGGCACUCGGAGCAACUCUUCUUGGAAUUACCUAAACUAGAGGCAGACCUGAAGAAAUGGGUGGACAAUACAUCUUCUGGUUGGUCCCACAAUGCAAGAGUGAUUGCAAAGAGUUGGUUGAAAGAUGGACUGAAACCGCGAUGUAUUACAAGAGAUCUAAAAUGGGGCGUUCAGGUUCCAUUGCAAGGUUUUGAGAAGAAGGUUUUCUAUGUGUGGUUUGAUGCUCCUAUUGGUUAUAUGAGUAUAUCAGCCGCCUACACUGAUGAGUGGGAAAAAUGGUGGCUUCCCAGUAAAUCAACCCAAAUCACUUUGUAUCAGUUCAUGGCCAAAGAUAAUGUUCCUUUUCAUUCUAUCAUGUUUCCAGCUAUUGAGAUGGCUACCCAAAAAAAUUACACGAAGGUCAGCCACAUCAUGGCAACAGAGUACCUGAAUUAUGAAGAUGGAAAAUUCUCAAAAUCCAGAGGUGUUGGUGUCUUUGGUAAUGAUGCACGAGAUACAGGAAUAAGCGCAGAUGUGUUCAGAUUCUAUCUAUUGUACAUAAGGCCUGAGGCGCAAGACUCUAGCUUCAGUUGGGCAGAUAUGGCUGCUAAAACUAACACAGAGUUGCUAAACAACUUAGGAAAUUUCACCAACAGAGCUCUCACUUUCUGCGAGAAAUUCUUCGGAUCUGUCAUUCCUGACAUGAAGCUGAAUAAAGAAGACUUUCAACUCUUGGCUCUCAUUACUCGAGAAUUGAGGCAGUUCAUGGCGGUCUUAGAUAAGGCGAAAUUCCGUGAUGGAAUAAAGCACAUCCUUUGCAUCUCUAAAUACUGUAAUCAGCUGAUGCAAGCCGAAAAACCAUGGGUCCUAAUGAAAGGUUCCGAAGAAGAGAAAUCUCGUGCAGGUACAGUAAUUGGACUGCUAAGCAAUUUGGCAUGUUUGCUGUCAAUCAUGAUAAGACCGUACAUGCCAGAUACAUCAAAGAUCAUGGCAGAGCAACUCAAUGCUCCAGAAAGUCUGUACGUUCUUACGGAGGAUGUCACCAUGCUUUUGCCUCCUGGGCACAAAAUUGGCCAUCCAUCUCCAAUAUUUUCACUGAUCACACCAAAAACUGUGGAGGAAUUGAAGGCUAGAUUCGCUGGAAAGCAGAAUGAUUCCGCAGCAACAAAACCAACUAAAACAGAAGCAAAAUCUACAGAUAAAAGUAAGUCUGCUCCCUCACAGCCUGCAAGCGUGCCAGCAAAUGCAGAAACAAUCGAAAAAUUAGAAGCUGCUGUUGCUGCUCAGGGGCUUGUUGUUCGUAAACUGAAGAGUGAAACAAAGGAUAAGGCCGUCUGGGAACCAGAAGUGAAGAAGCUUUUGGAUUUGAAACAACAGCUGGCUUCUGCCAAAGGAGAGCAGGUCGGAAAUGCAGCUACCAAGAAGAAAAAGUGAACAAGGUACCUGCAAGAAGGAAAAAAGAGGUUUAAAUUUCAGGCUGAAUUGUAUUUUUUCCUUGGAAUACGUACAUUUCUCAAUAUUAUUUUUAAGGAAUCUAUGAUCUUUAUUUCAUAAUGAAGCUGUGUGAAAAAGAUUCAAAUUGAAAGAGAUCGGUGGAGGAUCAACCUCAUCAUCGCCCUGUAAUUUUGCCAUAGGUUAAUUGUCAGUCUAACUGAUGAUGUAAUUUUGACUCCUCAACUUUAAUUUAUUACUUUAUUUAUUUCACUAGGUGUAAGUUAAUGUAAAAAAAUGAGCGUUUCAUAUGUAUCAGGCUUGCUCCAUUUAUCAUGCCUUCCUGUACCUGUCUCGGGAUAUUUAAUACCUUGCCAAACCUGCAAGAUCAUUUUUGACAUUGAUAGUCAAAGCAAUAGUCGAAGAGGACAAAGAAAAAACGGAGGGAACCUAUUGGUGGAACAAGUGGUCGCAAUGGACAAAAAAAAUGUUUACUAGAGUAACUAAUGGCAAUCCACUCGAAAUCUUAUGGUUGGUCUAUCAUUUUAUCCCUUGAUCUACAAAAUCAACCGUUUCAAUUGAUAGGAUAGCUCCAUUUUCCCUUUGUCUUUUUUGUCUAUGGCUGUGUCCAUCAAUUUCAAUUACCAGCCUCCUAGAUUUAGAGGCUAGUAUCUAUAUUGGCUAAUGCCUCUUGGCCUAAGUCUUGAAAUAACAUUUGAAUGAUGAGUAGGAGAGGAGGGGAUUUAAGACAUUAGUAAAAAUUUCUAAAUGUACUUGCUUUUUGCCACUAAAGAUGACUUAUUGUGAGUUAUUAGACUGAAGACACAGUGAUAGAGGUCUACUGGCCAAGGUCAAUUUAAACUCAUUUAUUUGUUGGGAAA